AUGCCGAUCGCACAGCUUCUGGCGGCCAACCCGUACAAUCCGGAGAUCCUCCCGGACCUUGAGAAACACGUGGACGAUCAGAUCGCCAAUGGGACGUACGAUCUGGAUGCCAACAUCACACUGCUGCGCCUCUACAUGUUUGAGCCCGCGCGAGUGAACGUGCGCAAGAUUAGCGGGGUCCUCAUCAAGGCUAUGAUGGCGCUGCCUCGCACGGACGUCACUCUCUGCCUCUGCCUCAUUCCCGAGAGAUAUGUUUCACGGAAGCCAUUCAGGCGUAUGCCCUUCAUGUGCUCGCCAUCUCCCCCUCCCACCGUCACUAUUUAUCUCACAUCUCAAGAGUUGUUCAUCCCACCCCACGUCUCUCCUUGUAUGGCAGGUUUCAUGGAAGCCAUUCAGGCGUAUGCCCUUCAUGUGCUCGCCAUCUCGCACCGCCGCGUGCCCAGAGAGAUACUGGCUGAGGCUAUCAACAUGAACGGGCCGGCCUUGGACGACUUUAUUCAGCGCCACGUGGAGGCCAGUGGUUGGAUGGUGGCGCCAGGGAAGACCGGCCAGGUGGUGGAGCUUCCUAGCAACAUAGAGGCGCAAGCAGCGUCGCGGGGAUUGACAGAGUCCAUUCCUUUGGACCACGUGUCUCGCCUCUUCCCUAUCCUCUCGUAA